AUGUCUCUGAUGAAGACGAAUAUGCUGGUUCGCUCGCUCAGCACCUCAACUGCUGCAACUCAAUUAAUAAAACCUCCUGUACAAGUUUUUGGUUUGGAGGGAAGAUAUGCAGCCGCUUUAUAUUCAGCUGCCUCAAAAAGCAAAGCGUUAGACACUGUGGAGAAAGAGUUAAAUCAGUUUCAAAGCUCCAUCAAAUCAGAUGCUAAUCUUAAAGAAUUUAUUAUCAACCCAACUAUAAAGAGAUCGUUAAAGGCAGAUGCUUUAAAGCAUCUCGCAUCUAAAACCAACAUGUCUCCAACUACGGGCAACUUGUUGUGUCUUAUGGCUGAAAAUGGCCGCUUGGGUAAACUCGAAGCUGUAAUGAAUGCAUUCAAAAUUAUGAUGGCUGCCCAUCGUGGUGAGGUGACUUGUGAGGUUGUUACUGCUAAACCUUUGGACCAAGCUCAGAAACAAAAUUUGGAAGCUGUACUCAAGAAAUUCCUUAAGAGCAAUGAGACCGUACAGCUUACUACUAGAGUUGAUCCUUCUUUGCUUGGAGGUAUGGUCGUUUCUAUUGCUGACAAGUAUGUGGACAUGAGUGUUGCCAGCAAGGUGAAAAAAUACACUGAACUCAUCAGUGCUGCUGUU